UAUUCAUAUACUAAAGGAGUCAUACAAGAUAAUUUAUUUAUUUUUAAAAGAAUAUCCACAAUAGCGAAAUGAGAUUUAACGCAUAUAUUACACACUAUUAACAAAAAUAGAAAUAAAUAUUGAUUGAUUUGUUUUACAUGAUAUGUAUAUGCAGAUUCAGUCAAAAUUCUAAAAUAUUUAUGAGAAAAUAACAACAGAAUAAUACUAGAUUAAUGUUAUCAAAAAUGCAAUUUACUAUUCAUGACAAACAAACUGAAUAUAAUUAGUAAUUUUCAUAAAGUGUGUAUAUUAUCUUGAACUCUAAAUUCUUUACUAUUUUAAAAAAAUUAUAUCGAACGUAAAGCUUAAACUAGAACUAUAAAUUCAUUCACAAAUCACGAACAAAAAAGUUUCCACCAUAAUAAUUCAAUAACAUAUGUGAUAUUUCUUUGUUACUUAUUUCUCUAAAACAUAGUCUUUAUUCAUUGUAUUACUUAAACUGACGUAAUAGUGAUAUAAAUCAUUCGUUGUAUUUCUCAUAACAAUUAUAGUAACUAUGCUGAUGAGUUAGAUUAAUCAAAGAAUCGUAAUUAUCCGUUCUCUUGUUAAUUUCGCAUAUAUCUUUUUAUUUCUAGCUCAUAUGACGAUCCAAAAACAGUCCCUUUUCUGUUAAAGUCCAAUAAUUUAUUUUUCAAAUUGAAGUAAUUUAUACGAAUAUUUAAAAAGCUCAGAAAAAGGUUUUUAAAAAGGGGAAAGUGCUAAAACAACCUACCCAAGUUGCGUUACACACUACGUAUCUUUCUCCCCACACACAAAAAUGGGGAAAUAUAUUCUUUUUCAUUUCCAUAUUCUACAAAACAAUAUUUUCGUUUUAAUUCUUGUGAUUAAGAAAAUGAAAACAAUGCAAUUUUGUUUUUCCAACUCCUUUAUAGUUUCAUCUGCCCAUUUUCCCUUUAUAUUUUCCUCUUCAUAUUCCUAACCUUUCUCCCAAACUUCUCUGUUCAUCGUUUUCUCUCUCUCUAGUUAUAAUAAAUAUCUUCACAUACCAUUCUCUGAAUCCAUCUCUCCCAUAAAAAAUCGUUCAAGAUCAAAAAGGGUUUAAGGUUUCUUGAGGAGAGAAAAAAAAAUGGAGACGUUUUGUGGUUUUCAGAAGGAAGAAGAACAGAUGGAUUUACCUCCAGGGUUCAGGUUUCAUCCAACGGAUGAAGAACUCAUAAGUCACUAUCUCCACAAGAAGGUUCUUGACAUCAGCUUCUCAGCCAAAGCUAUUGGUGAAGUUGACUUGAACAAAUCAGAACCAUGGGAGUUACCAUGGAUGGCAAAAAUGGGCGAGAAAGAAUGGUACUUCUUCUGUGUGAGGGACAGAAAAUAUCCAACCGGUUUGAGGACUAACCGGGCAACUGAAGCCGGUUAUUGGAAGGCGACCGGAAAGGAUAAGGAGAUUUACCGUGGUAAAUCCCUUGUUGGGAUGAAGAAGACACUUGUUUUCUAUAGAGGUAGAGCUCCUAAAGGUCAGAAAACCAAUUGGGUGAUGCAUGAGUAUAGGCUUGAAGGCAAACUCUCUGCUCAUAAUUUACCUAAAACCGCAAAGAAUGAAUGGGUGAUAUGUAGGGUGUUCCAGAAGAGUGCUGGAGGGAAGAAGAUCCCUAUUUCAAGUCUAAUCCGAAUCGGUUCACUCGGAACCGACUUUAACCCUUCCCUUAUGCCUUCUUUAACCGAUGCUUCACCUUUCAACGAGAAAACCAAAACAGAACCGGUUUACGUGCCCUGCUUCUCCAACCAAACUGAUCAAGCCCAAGGAAACCCACUUAACUGCUUCAGCAGCCCUGACAUUUUCCACAGGAUUCCACUCUACCAAACUCAAUCCCUCCAGGUCUCUGGUAAUCUUCAGAGUCCCAUUCUCGGUCAAGAGCAUUCGGUCCUGCAUGCUAUGAUUGAUAACAACACAAGGCAGAGUCUCAAAGGGAUGAGUGUCUCACAAGAAACCGCAGUUUCUACUGACAUGAACACCGAUAUUUCGUCGGAUUUUGAAUACGGUAAGAGACGUGCUCAAGAAGAUCCGUCGUCCUCUGCUGGACCAGUUGAUCUUGAACCUUUCUGGAACUACUGAAGAAGAUUCAAGAGUCUCGUGUUCACUAAUUUACUGUCAUAAAGAAAGUAAGAAAACAAUUUCACCUUUUAGUCUGGUGUGUCAACGUUUGUAUAGAUUAUUACAAUCUCAACUUCCACUAUAUGUUAUACUCAAAAAGAAACUUAAAAAUAUAAUUUGGUACGUGGUGCUUGAUAGAGAGCGAGGAGAGUUUAUUGGGUACUAUUUAUCAUAAUUGAUGAUAAUAUAUUUACACACCCUAAGAGCUAUUGGGUCAUUUUACCCUUUUA